AUGAUUGACCAAAAAGAAAUUUGUAAAUCAGAAAAAAGUUUAUAUGAUAAAAAUGGUGUUAUUAUUGGAAAAACAUAUUUUAAGCCAAAAAGAAUUAACAAAUCAACAAACUAUAAAAAAGGCGAAGAUAGAAUAUUUAAGUCUAAGCCAUAUCAAGAAUUAGAGGAGUAUAAAGAGUUAGAAUUUAAUACAUAUGAAGAAUUGGAUAAUUAUAGUAGUGAAGAAUUGGAUAACUAUAACUUUUCAAAUAUAUCUAAAGCUUUACGAUUAUUAUAUUUAAAAGCAAAAAACACAUAUAUAUCCAAUAAUAACUUUGAAGAAAUUUUACAAAUUUUUGAUUGUAAUGGACCAACUUUAUACUCAACAAAAAAAAUUCUUCAAAAAUUAGUUGAUAUCGAUGUAUUAUUUAUAGAUAUGUGCAUUAAUUCUUGUAUAGCAUUUACUGAUAAGUAUAAAGAUGCAAUACAAUGUCCUAUAUGUUUAUCAGCACGAUUUCAAAAGGAUAAUAUAGCAAAUAAAGUAGCUGCUUAUUAUCCAUUAACUUCUCGCUUAAGAUUUCAAUAUGCCAAUUCUGAAAGAUCAAAAACUUUUAGAUACUGCUCAAAUUAUAAACUUAAUGUUAAUGAAUUUAAUGAUAUUUUUGAUGGGCAAUUAUAUAAAAAUAUACCAGCAAUUAGCAAACUAACACAUCUUGUUGGACAUAAUGGAUAUAUGGGAUGUAGAUUUUGUGAUAUAAAAGGAGUAACUGAUACAAAUUCAGGUGUAAAUCAUUAUUAUAUGCAACAAGUUGUUUGGAUUGAAGAUGGUGGAGAAGAACUUUGGGCACCAAGUCAAAAUUAUACUUUAAAUAAUAAAGAGUUUGCG